AUGGUGAACUCUGAAGCUAAGGGAGAUGCAACACAUACCUCGCCGGCUCCACCACUCACAGAACCUACCAUCCAGCAGCCAUGGGACGCACUCAUGAAGACAAUAGACACUCGAGAUGAUGAACUGAUGAAAGGGUACAAGGAAGAUAUAGAUACAUUAUUGGUUUUCAUGGGUUUGUUUUCCGCCAUCGUCACUGCCUUUACAAUUGAAUCUUCGAAACGGUUGGAGGAAGACCUUCAAAACACUACAGUCGCGUUUCUCAGACAGAUCGCCCACUGGCAAAUGAGCAGCCUAUCCUCACCUCCGCCUACACCUUUCACUCCCAAUCCCUCAGAUGUUCGCAUCAACACUGUCUGGUUUCUCAUCCUGAUCCUUGCACUCAUGUAUGCCAAUGUCAACGGCAAACAAAUAUGCAUACCCCUGGUCAGGCAUUAG